CAUAGUGGUGUUCAGUGAAAAUGCAAGUGACUUAAGUGUAAAGUGUUCAAUAUGAAGACCUCAAACCUAGUGCUGACACUCAUUUGUGUCAUCUCGCUCACUUGUACUCAUGCUAAAACAGGAUAUUUCUGGCACAUAACAGACUUCCAUUAUGAUCCCCUCUACACAUCACAAGGCGACACUAGAAGACAUUGUCGCCGAGCAGACGAACGAGGGAGUUCAGGCCACCAUAGAGCGUUGGGUCGAUUCGGAGACUACUCCUGCGACAGCUCACUCGAGUUGAUCGAGUCAGCUGCGCGGUACAUGCGCACACGACAUUCUGAGAAUGUUGAGUUCGUGCUUUGGACGGGUGACAUCAUAGCAGCUCGAUACACGGGCAACGAAGAUGACAAAAUCCAAGCUAUAAGAAAUAUGACAGACCUUCUAAGUAGAACAUUCAGUUCACACUUUGUGUUCCCAGUGUUGGGUCACUUGGACCCCGCGCCGUCCGAGAGCCUUACUAAUUUAUGGAUGCACUGGCUACCUUUGGAAGCUUUGCAGACCUUCAAAUUUGGUGGAUACUACACCAUAGAACAAAAACAAAGCAAGCUUCGGAUAGUAGCUCUCAACACAAAUCUGUUCAGUGUUCGAGAUUCGAACAGCAUACAGGCGAAGAAACAGUGGGACUGGCUAGAUGAAGUGCUGGACAAAGCUACUGCUAAUAAGGAAAUGGUGUACAUAGUAGGCCACGCGGCUCCAGGGUCGGACUCACGACAUCCGUACGAUAUGUCGGCUGACGCCAACGCUAAAUACCUCCGCAUGGUCCGACGACACGCCAAGAUUAUUGCAGGACAGUUCUUCGGACAUCUGCAUGCUGAUACGUUCAGAGUCAUUUAUGACAACGAUCGACCAGUAUCCUGGACGUUUAUGGCUCCGUCUGUGAGUCCACAUCGCGAUCCAGCUGAUUCAUCCAACCCUGGACUCAGGCUUUACAAGUUUGAUACGAAUACGGGAAAGGUAUUAGACUACACCCAAUACUUCUUGGACCUGGCGGCAGCCAAUAGAAAUCUAGCAGAAUGGACGGCGGAGUACAACCUCACACAGUACUACGGUCUGCAUGAAGUGUCCGCUAUGUCUCUGCACAACCUGGCUGAUAAGCUGCAGAUAGGCACGCCGCAUGAGACCAAUAUAUUUCACAAGUAUUUACGAGCCUAUCGCGUCCGGCACGAAAGCUCAGAAUCGUGUGAUGGAGCUUGUGCCCAUCAACACUUCUGCGCUAUAACAUGCUUAGAACAUGUCGCUUACCGUCAGUGCGUGGAAGCGGCCGCAAGUGCACUGGCAGCUGCCGGCGAUUCAGCCCCGAUGACAUUACCACUCUACACAACAUUACUGAUUUUAAUCUCUAUCAUCAUUGUUAUUGGGUAGAUUUUUGUAUCUCCGUUUAUAUUUUAUAAGGUCCCUUUUUCAGUAUUCUUUAUGAACACAAUGUCGCCUAAAGGUAUGCUUCGAUAUUAUCAUUUUGUUUCGACACUUUUGUCUUGUAAAUACAAUAUUAUUUAUCUACAUACGAAAUAAUUGAUAAAUGGGACGAACGUAUGCGAAUGAUUGAUUAUACACUUUUCUGUAUGGAACUGUGGAAUGUAGCAGUAAACUGAACGUUUUUUUGGAAAAAAAUGGUUCAAAGGGAAUUCAGAUUACACAAAUUUUUGCCGAGGCACGUGCUUCAAACAUGUGACAGGAUCGCAGUGCUAGCCGCGAGCGUGUUCGGGUUCGUUCAAUCGUUUAAUAAAAUUGGUCUAUUAUUUAGAAAUGAGUUUUAAGGUCAACAUUUAAAAAAUAAUUAGAAUAAUAAUUGUUUAAUCUUAUAUUUUAAUUUUACGACUUUUAAGUUUAAUUACAGUAAUAGUUUAAUUUCUCAAGCUCAUAAUCGGACUUUACCUUUGACCUGUAAAUAUUAUUGUGCUUCAAAAGUAUGAAUAGGUUAUAAAUUUAGGGGGUAAGUAGGUUUAUAUUGAGCAGUGUAUUGAGAUAGCUCAGAUGGCAUUUGUGAUAACGCUUGAUGAUACGUGAAGUGGUUAGAAUAGUAAAACUUUUAUUACUAAAAAUAAUUGUAAAAAAUAUGCUUUAGACAUUCUAGUCUUAUAGAUUAAACAUUAAAUUAUAUUACAAAAAAUAAAUAGACAAAAAAUUAAUGUUGUAAAAAAUUCGAGACUGUAAAUUAUAAAAAAUGAAAUAAAUUGUUCGGAUACACCUCUGAAAUUAUAUAAAUUAAACAUUAGUAAUGCAGAAAUUAAUAGUGAUGGUCGUUUGAUAUUCAAUUUGUAUUAAUUUAGGAAUGUUUUGUAACACACGAACAUUUGUAUUAAUAAAGUAUGCUUGCUUUCGAUGUAAAAUUGGUGUACUUUAACUGUAAAUAUUAAGUUUAGUAAGUAGGAUUUUUAUAAAGUCAUUUAAAAGUUACAGUCGACCUAUUACAAUUAGUAUAAAAUAUUCUAGAAUUAUAAAUUGAAAGUUAGUUUAAAAAACUGGACUAAUUUAAUUAAAAAUUUUCCUUGAAUACUUCGUCCUCGCAUAAUUGGACUUGGCUUUGUCAAGGCGAAAACAAUUCGAAGUUUAUUUGUUUUAGGAACUUUACUUUUAUUGAUAAACACAGUGUUUGUUUUAAUUAUAUUUUUAUAUAAUCAUGUUUAAAAACCACAAAUAAAUAGGUUGUUUCGUAGUCUUUAUUUUAUUAGCAUUUAGGUGUUUUAUUACAUGUGACUUUUUUUGACAGAUUUUUUAUUAUGUUGUAGGCAAAGUAUGUUGUCGUUAUUUUAUAUCAAGUGCAAUAUUUUCAUAUUGGCAAUAGUUAUUAGAACGGCCUAUUAGUUCUUUAUUAUUUCACUAUAAACAGUAUUCGAAUCGAGAUCGAACAUUUAUUACAUAGGCGAAUCUGACAACAUUUUGUAUUCAUUAAUAAAUUAUUAAAAAUAAAAACUAGUCAUAAUUUAAAAAUUUAAAUCGCUGUAAAUAGA